AUGGUCAGGGCGGCGCAGAGGAGCGGCGGGGAGGAAGGGAGGACGAAGAAGCUGACGCAGGGGCGCAAGAAGAUCCCGAUGGAGCGCAUCGAGGACGCCAACCGGCUGCAAGUCUGCUUCUCCAAGCGCCGGAAGGGCCUAGUCAAGAAGGCCUUCGAGCUCUCUGUGCUCUGCGGCGCGCAGGUGGCGCUCAUCGUCUUCUCCCCCGCCGGCAAGCCCUACACCUACGGCCACACCUCCGUCGACGCGGUCCUCGAUCGCUUCCUCCUCUCGUCCUCCGGCGCCGCGGAGGUGGAGGCGGAGGCGGCGAGCCAGCAGACGGAACUGAGCGAGCUCCUCCGCCAGGAGGAGGAGCUGAUCAAGGCCAGGGACGCCGAGGCGCGCAGGGGCAAGGAGCUUCAGGCGGAGGUGCGCGCCGCCGGCGUCUGGAUCGACGGCGACAUGCGGCGCUGGGAGCUGCCUGAGCUGGAGGCCACGCUCGCCGCGCUCGAGAGGGUCCAGGCGGAGGCCGCGAACCGCGCGCACGAGAUCUUCGCCCAGGACGCCAUGAUGCAGCAGUGCACGGCCGGCCCCGCCGGCCUGCUCGGCUACCUCGGCCCCGGCUCUUCGUACACGGCGGACCCGUCCGUCGGCGGUCAUGAGGAGAUGGCCAUGGACAAGCUGACGGGCGGCUGCUACAGCAAUAACAUGUUCGACUACCAUGGCUCCAGCACCUUCCCCGCCAAGGGCACCCGCAGCCAAGAGGUAGUCAUGGACGCGACGACGAUGAGGCUGACGGGCAGCGACGCCAGCAGCCUCUUCCACUACCUCGGCGGCUCCGGCCCGUUCACUGGUGACGGCAAUGGGGGUGGCGGCAAUGAGCUCUCCGUAAACACGACGAUGCCGUUGAUGGGCGGUAACGUCAGCUAUGCGCUUGCACCAAUGAUGACGCCACCGCCGCCACCUCUUUCACUACCUUUCAACCAUGGCUACGGCUACAAUAACCUUGGCGCGGGCUAUGGCUACAACCAAACCGAUCAUGGUGUUGGCCAUGGCCGUGGCACCUUCUACGAAAUGGAAGGUGUUUAUGGCACAACGUGCAACUUCUUUGCAUAG